UUUGACUGACACUGACAGCGUUAUCAAUCUACUAAAAUACUAAUAUUUAUCAUUAAUCGAUUUGUCUACGAUAAUACUUGACUUACAAAAGUUGCAUUUGAAAAGUUUUAAUUUCAGUUCUAACUUUUUGAGCUCGCUUUGAUAUGGAUAUAACGAACGUGUAAGUUAUUUCCAAGCAUGAAUGGUGAUCAAAGUCCUGGAAGCCCUUUAGACCUUAGCGAUCGUGAACAAGCUGUGUUAAUGGACCCUAUUGACCAUGAGAGAUGUAGAUAUCCUUACUGUAUUGUUUGGACCCCUAUACCUGUUCUAACAUGGAUUUUCCCAUUCCUUGGCCACAUGGGAAUAUGUACUUCUAAUGGAGUCAUCAGGGACUUUGCGGGUCCAUAUUUUGUAUCAGAGGAUCUGAUGGCUUUUGGCAACCCCACCAAGUACUGGCAACUCUCUCCUCAGAAGGCAUUAAAUGGACAGGCCGGCUGGGAUACGGCUGUCACUGAAGCAUCUGAGAUAUAUAAAAAAAGAAUGCAUAUAAUAUUUUAUGAUAACUGCCACUCACAUGUGGCCACUGCUCUGAACAUCAUGAACUAUGGAGGCUGCAAAAACUGGAACAUGGUCAAAUUGGCAUUCUACAUGAUUCCUUAUUCAAAAUAUGUCAGUUUUGGAAGUUUUCUGAAGACUUGGUUACCUUUCCUUAUCAUUGCAGCUUUCAUCUGUGUCCUUGCAGCAAGAAUUUAAGUAGUUUAUUAUUGGUUUACCUAACUUGUUUGUUGUUUUACUUUGAUAUGUAAAGCACAAAAUGGCACAAUCGUCUACAAUAUCCAAGUAGAAAUUGCUGUGAUGGCUCUUGAAUGGCAAAAUCCUUGUUUUACAUUUUUCAAUUAAUCAAUUUUGUUUAUAAUAAUUGAUUACUUAUUCACUUAUUUCAUGGUAAUUUUGCCCAUUUUAUGGCAAUUAAAAUUUGGUGUUGGCAAUCAAAAUCCUAAUCUAUAGAAAUGUUUAUAGUAGAAUGUUUGUGAAAAUGUGUUAUAAAUAAUCUAAAAUCAUGUAUAUUGUGUAACUGUGGUUCACUGUUUUUAAAUACAUAUUUCUAAUCUAUGUAGUAAUUGAUUUGUAUAUUCAUGUUUUUGUCACACAAAAAUAAUAGAGUAUUUUAAAAAUAUUCAUUAGCCUUGGGGCCAAUGUCUUUAUGGUAGAUUGUACCAUUUUAACUAUAUCACGCUAAUGUAUUUCUAUAUAUUAAACUCAUUAAGUGCCUGUAGUUUGUUUGAACUUGUAACUUUUUGAGUCAUUUGAAAUUUUCCUAUAGCUCCAAUGAAGUGGGGAAUUAUUUUUCUACAUUCCUUGGCCCGAUUUAAAAAUGUACCUUGGACAUGUAUAAAAUUUAAAUCAAUGUUGCUUUGGACACUACCUGUUUUUUGGAUUUAUAUAGUUACUUCAUUAUGUACACAGCAGCUGCAGCAGUUUUUAGGAACUUCAUUUAAUAAACUUUCUAGUUUAGUACAUUGUCUAAUUUUAUAAAAUAAGAGUGUAUUUAUUUAUGGUGCUUGUAUUUACUGCAAUAUCUUUGUAUUAUGUACUUCCAAGAUCUUCACAUUGCCAAAUUCAUCUAAGAGUACUCUUACCUUUUUUACAACUGUGUGGAGAAAUAUGGAUGUAGUGAUUCAAUAUAUAUUUUGUAAAAUAAAUAAUCUAUUUCAAACUAUACAGUAUAUUAGAUGUUUGUACAAUUGUGACGUCAUAUUUAAAUUAUUUACUAAGAUUAAUUUUAUAUAACUAACACAUGCCAGGACAUCACAUAACAAGUAAAAAACAAGUGGCAUGGAAUGUGUUAAUUUUAAAUUAUAUAAGUUUGAUCUUUUCUUGUAAUUAUAAAUUUAUCUAUCUUAAUAUUUGUGUACUUUAUGUUGGAUAGUAUUUAUUAAUGUAAAACGGGUUUAAAAUAAAUUAAAAACCUUUUCAAAUUUUA